AUGCCCAAAAAGGGCGCUAAAGCAGCGGCGGCUGCAGCGAAAAGGACGUCAAAGACGUCCAGCGCAGAACCGGAACAAGCUGCUUCUGCUGCCCACCUCUCACUCGCUGAAGAGCUCUCCGCUGCUACCGAGGGCACCCUGCACGACGGAUACGAUUCGAGCACGCAUACGGACAACGAAGACUUUGAAGACGCCGCUGACGGAUCGCAUGCCGAUGACAUGACUCCCUCUUCCAGCGUGACCACCACCCUCGAUGCAUCGCUCCAGCGAACGCCUGGUACAAAAGCAGACGAACACUUGUCCAACGACAACACUGCAGAUCAACCGCUCGCCAGAAGAUCCUCGCUGGUCGCCUAUGGUCCAGAUCCGCAGGAGCAUACUCCGAAGCCAACCGAUACAGCUUUUCCCGCGUCCAUCGAAACCGCCGCUGCGCUAGACCGUUCUGACGAAAGUCUGGUUGUGAAUUCCUCCACAGCAGCCUACCAGGAUACCGACGUGCCUCUCAGCUCCGCCGAGAUUCGAGACAGUCAAUCCGCAUCCGACUCGCUCAUCCUGGACGAGGAACGCGCCAAAGCAACUUUACCAGAGCAUGUGGAAAAGGUCCCACCGUCGGUCGGUGCCACGUCGCUGCUCGAACCGGACGAGACCAUUUCGAAUCCCUUUGCUUCCGCCGACGACACCACACCUCAGCCCGUUCGCUAUUCGCAGAUCGCUACCGUCCAGGCUGGUGCAGUGUCUGAGAACCAACCCCCAGACACCCCCAGCAUCAACUCGAACCACUUCUCCACCAUCAGUCUCAGCAGCACCACGCCUCAGGGCAUCGGCGCAGAUCAAGACGACAUAACAACCUGGACGGCGUCGAACCAGCACGAUGCGCGCAGAGACACCAUCACCACCAAUGGUGCUCGCAGCAGUCUCGCUGCCGACGCACUACUCACCACCGACUCUCAGCCCGCACGCAACGACAACGCCGAUGACUCGCGAUCCAACUACGACUUCUUGCUGGCGCGACUCGAUACGCAGAACAAGAAGCUCAGCGGUGACACAAAGCAGAUGCGCGCUAGCCUCGAUGGCGCUGUCAAGCUGCGCGAAAACUUUGAGAAACUGCGCGGUCAGGGGCAGCGCCAUUCUCGCACCGAGUCACAGAACAAAGCAUUGGCGGAACACGGUGUUUCGAGCAACGAUUCCAAGAUGUCUAGCUCAUCGUCGCAAUCACAGUCUCUGGCAGAUGGCGCGACAAGCAACGAGCAGAUGGGUGAGAGCAGCAACAGCAGCAGUAGCAGUGCAUCGGCAGCGAUGCGCGAAUCUGUCGUCUCUUCCACUGCCGAAACCACCUACACCGGACCUCCAGCCGACGAUGUGACCGACGACCAGAUCGACUGGGAAUUCUGGGGCGAGGUCAUGUCCAACUAUCAGUCGGUUGCGCGCAACCACCCUCGGCAGCUCUCGCGCGCCAUCCAGGCUGGCAUCCCGCCCGCGCUGCGCGGCAUGAUGUGGCAGCUCAUGUCAUCGUCGAAAAACGAAGAGAUGGAGAUCAUCUACGCAUACUACCUGAAACAGACCUCGGCACAUGAAAAGGCGAUUCGUCGCGACCUGAACCGGACGUUUCCGGAGCAGGACUAUUUCCAGGAUGGCAAGGGCAUCGGUCAGGAGAACCUGUUCAACGUGAUCAAGGCCUAUUCGUUGUACGAUCCCGAGGUAGGUUAUUGCCAAGGCAUGCAGUUUGUCGUCGGUCCGCUGCUGCUCAACAUGCCGGACGAAGAAGCGUUUAGCACGUUUGUUCGGUUGAUGAAGUCGUACGACCUGCGUGGCCAUUUCACGCCCAACAUGCCAGCGCUCCAGCUGAGGUUGUUCCAGUUCGACCGACUGCUCGAAGACUUGCUACCGCUUUUGCAUCGUCAUUUGGUAAGGCAGGGUGUUAAGAGCAGCAUGUAUGCCAGCCAGUGGUUUAUGACGCUGUUCAGUUAUCGAUUUCCGUUGGACUUCGUUUAUCGGGUGUUGGAUAGUGUUUUUGCGGAAGGCGUCGAGGCGUUGUUUCGGUUUGCGCUGAGUUUGAUGAAGAAGAACGAGGAGGUGCUAUUGGGGUUGGGAUUUGAUGGUGUUGUGGCGUUUUUGAAGGGAGAGUUGUUCGAGUGUUAUCGGAGGGAGGAUGGCGAGGAGGACAAAGAGCAAGAACACGAGGACGAUCACGAAGCUGAUGGUGUGAGGAUGUCGAUGCAAUCGAAGCGGACGAGUGGGUCAGGUAGACGACGAUCGAGACGGCGGUAUCAUACGAAUGCGUUUGUGCGUGAUGCAUUUGAUGUGCGUAUUACUGCGUUUCAGCUGGACACGUAUGCGUCGGAAUUCGACGUGCAAGUGCGUGCAGCCAAUGCGCACCGUCGCGAAGUAGAAGCGCUCCGGCUCGUCAAUCGCAACCUCUCUGCGCGCGUCAAAGCACUCGAACACCAACUCACCUCGCUCAACGCCGAACACGUCGACAUGGUCAAAGACGUCGUCAUGGCCAAAAUCGCAAAAGAGGAAAUGGCCGAAGAACUCGUCAAGUACAAAAUGAUGUACGCAGAAGCCGUCCUGGCCGCAGACCAAGAGAGUGGAAACAACAGAAGCAGCGCAAAAGCUAUCGCCCUGCAGAAAGCAAAAGACCUCCAUCAUCCCUCCUCCACAACCACCUAG